CCUUAUAAGGCAUCGGCGGGCUAGUUGGGUGGCUGCGUUCUUAUUGUUCAGUCUAUUUCAUGCAGGCAACGGACUCCUUGCACUACCAGGAAAUUACAGGCAGUUCACAGCAGAACAAGAACGGCGGUUCGAAAAGCAGAUUCUCCGGCUAGCCAUCAAGGACGUGGCCAUGGGAAAGUCAGCUUCCAAACAGUUUGCAGAAGAGGUCUUAAAAGCUCACAAUGACUACAGAAAGAAGCAUGGCAUUCCCCCUCUAAAACUCUGCAAAAAGUUAAACAGGGAUGCGCAGCAGUAUUCAGAGGCACUCGCUAGCACAAGAAUCCUCAAGCAUAGUUCUGAGUCUAGUAAUGGAAAAUACGGAGAAAAUUUAGCAUGGGCUUCUUACGAUCAGUCAGGGAAAGAAGUAGCUGACAGAUGGUAUAGCGAAAUAAAAAAUUACAACUUUCAGAGUCCAGGAUUUUCCUCUAACACAGGACACUUCACAGCAAUGGUUUGGAAGAACACCAAAAAGAUGGGAGUCGGAAAGGCAGCAGCAAGUGACGGCUCCACAUUCGUGGUGGCCAGAUACGAGCCAGCUGGCAAUAUCGUCAACCCUGGUCACUACGAGCAGAACGUUCUUCCCCCCAAGAAAUAAUUUUGUCGGGUGCAGAGAGGGGGGAAAGGGAAAAAGGACUAUUGAAGCAGCAAAUGCCAAGCGAAGCUGCGGAUUGGGUGAGAGCAGGCUGACCUUUCAUAGAAAACAAAGCUGAAUGGAAUUUCAUUCUUGAUGGUACUUGGAACUUAAGACAGAACUAACUGCUGUGAUCACGUUUAACAAAGAGUUGGAAUCGGUACAGAGGAGGUAGAGCAAGCCCAAAACAUGAGAUAUGCAAAAAUAAGUUAAUAUGGUUUGUAGCACUUUGAAUCUGUGCAAGACAUUUGUACGCUUUCAUUAAAACAUGACAGAUUGAA